AUGGAAACCCGUAAUACUCACCUCAAUUUCUUGGUAAAAUCGUCUUCGUUAUCGUCGUCAUCCCAGCUCUCGUCCCACAAAUGGUCCUGUUGCACAGCUCCCAGCGACUUCUCCUCGGUCCAGUCUGUCGUUAGUUCAAUGGCGUCCGACUCAAAACACUUACCGUCUUCUGGGAAAUCUUCAAAUUCGUCGUCCUCCUCCAACGUCUUGAUCGUUUUCGAUGGCUCCUUCACGGGCCAGCUGCUGAACAUGUCUCCAGUGGUCACCUCGGCACUUUAUACCGCAUUCCCGAUAAUCUAUCUGCUAGAUAAAGCAUUAGCCUUUGUCACUUGGACAAACAGUGAUCCAUACUCAAACUUCAUCACCAUCGCAAUUUACGUCAUGGUGGUCAAAUAUUGGUCCGUUGCAUCCAAUACGGUCCUUGCUGCGCUGAUUGCUCUCACUGUUUGCGUCAUCUGCUGGUUCCUAACGACCAGCAUCGAGGACAUGAGAUCAGAAGACGAACCUCCAACGGUGGAGGAAAUUAUCGAUACCCUUUCAAAUAUGCAGGCACGUUUCCAAUGCUUUGUGAAGCCUCUCGAAUCGCUUGCUAUUCGCUCCCGCUCAGAUGUCUUCAAUCUUUGCUUCAGCAUGGUGGCAAUCACUCCUUUCUACAUUUGGAUCAUGACCCGGAUAUUUAACGUUCGUUGGUUUCUGCUUGUUGUCGGUGUGUUUGCACUGUCGUUCCACUCGUCGUGGGCGUUGGCCACCCGUCACCUGAUCUGGAGAAGCGUCUUGCUCCGCAGAAUCUUCAUUUUUGCUACGGGACUCAGAUUCUCGCUCGAAGACAAAGACGUCGAAUUAUCCGUUUUUGGAGACUUCCAGGUGUCGGAGGCUGCACCAGGGAAAACGAUCGAGUUCCGGGUGCUUGAGAACCAGCGCAGAUGGGUGGGUGUCGGUUGGUCGGAAAUCAUGCUGCCAUUCGAACGGACAUCUUUCACAUACGAAAAUCUGGAAAAGAGCUGCGACUCCCUUGACAAGUUCCAGUUCCCCAACCUUCCCCAGAAACAGUGUCGCUGGAAAUGGCUUGAGGAGUCCUGGAAGAGCGACAAGUCGUUCUCCCAUGGCAGUGACUGGAUGUACUACAACAACAACUGGGAAGAUCCAGCCACAGAGGACUCGCUAACCAAGUUCACAAGAUCACGGCUCUGGAAACGGCGUGCCAUCGUCGUUCUCGACAAGGACCAUAGCCAAAACGAUAUGGCACCGGACAUCGUGGAGACUAAAACCAGUGGACCGAGCGAGCCGUAUUCGGUGGACCGGAUUCGUCUUGAGGCCAUUGAGAGUCGCCGUCAAGAUUGUGCCAAAAUAGUUGGUGAACGCAAGCGGAAGCUCGCCGAGCUGUACUGCGUUUCACGACUUCCGCUUUUGCCCAUUUCCAAUGACCAGGUGCUUCAAAUUGAAGACAAGUUGAUGGCCUUCUUGGAGAAGAAUGAUCUCGAGAACGGACGCGAGUUCAAUAUUGCCAUUCUUACUCACGAGAACCAAAACAGAAGACCAUCACCACCUCAGAGUCAACCACAAUCGGCCGAUCUUUUGGAAUCAAAAGAACCGGCUUUGAAGAAACAAAAGACAGACAAUGCGACCGAGCGUACAGAGUCAAGUGUUGAAGAAAUUCAGAAGAAAUCAGCAGAGCCUGUGGCUACUGUUUCCAAGAAAUCAAACGAUUCUACAAACCAGGACAACUCGACGUUGUCAUCGCUGAUCCAUCUAUACGAAGCAACGCAACAACCCCAUCGUAACGAUGAGAAGUCUAAGCGCGAUCUGGAUUACGAAAAUGUUGAUAUUGACAAGCUGUUGAUCAUGCUACUUCCCGAACUUAAACCACACAAGAUACCAGAAGCGCGUUCUUUGACCGAGUUGUACUACCACCAGCAGACGUUACAGCUUCCAAAGCUUUUGCUAAGGGCGCACAAAUCGUUGACCACCGAGUCAUACGAGACCGCGUUAGUCGAAGGAAAGAUAUCUGUGCUCUACUCGAGAAUGGAGGAGUUGAAACGGAAACACAGCUGGUCGCUCAGGCAACCCAAAAAGAGCAUUGAUCCAUUCCUCGCACGCAGUAAGAAAACACACUGGGAUCAUCUGCUCUCUGAGAUGAAGUGGCUUUCGACUGAUUUUAAACAAGGAAGAAGAUUCAAGAUGGUUCAAUCUUACUACAUUGCCGAAGCAGUGAAAGAGUAUUGGAAAUAUGGAAAAGUCUGUUGUAUCAAGAGAAAGCAGAUACGACUUCUCAGUGACGAAGAGAUCGAGAAGAUCAUGAAUCCACAACCAUCGGCGAUCGAGGAACCAGAAAAGCCCGAAGAACCCCAGGAACCUGCGAUCGAGUCGGAGCAAAAAUCAGAAGCAGCUAGUGAAGCGAUCGAGUCAAUCACAGUUAAACCAGAUACCGAGGAAGCCACUGAGGCACCGGUCUCAGAACCACAGGACGAGGUUAUGGUUGAUGCUCCUUCUGAACAACCAGCUGCUGAGACAGCUGAAAAAGAAGCUCAAGUUGUGACUCCUGAAGAACUUAUCAAGCAGGCCCAGUCUGCUUCAGCA